UAGCCUGCAGAAAUGAACUAGACAGAACUCAGUAUCUUGUGCAUUUACCAGGGACUGGUAAACGUGCUUAAGAGCACAAGACAGUCUGUGUGCUGAGAGACAAGAACUAGUUUUUCAGGUACUAACAGUAUGGGAAGUUAGUGCAAGCAGGAGGAUGGAAAAAUGGGGAUAAGGCAAUAUUAGGCUCUUUUCCGGAGAACGACAACAAAAGGUCUGGAAGGGUGGGACAACCAUGAAGCAGAACCACUCUUCCAGCACGCCAGCAGGCCACCCCUGUGGAGCUGUGUGUGUGUAAUCUUCACAUUCUGUCUGGGCCUCACUACCUCUGAGCACAGGGGUUUGCAUGGCAAGAAGAUAUGAACUUCCCAGCUUUUCUGCAGCUUUCUUUGGGGGAUCUUCGAAUGCCGUUCUCUAAUGAGAUCAAAUACACCAUUUUGUCCCUUGCAAUCCUUCUGUUUCUUGUGGCGGCAUCCAUAUUAGCGUGGCAGAUAUACCGAUACUGCAAACAGAAACCAAGAGCCAAUAGAAAAGUAACAGGACUCCAAAGCACAGAUGAGAAAAGUGCAAAAGACAGCAUUGUUGAAAAUAUCCGUGAUGGUGGCUCAGACACACAUAACCUCAAGGUGGAGAAGCUGCAGGACGAGAUCGAGAAGCUGAGCAGGUGCCUGUCGCCAGCGUCCUCCCUGUCCGAGCAGGACAGCGUGGAUCUGGACAGCAUGUUGGAGGAGGAGGAGCAGGAGAGCCCCAGGGGGAAGCUGAGGUUCUCCCUCUUCUAUGACAGGGAGCUGUCCCGGCUCCUGGUGACCGUGCUGGGCGCCUGCGAGCUGCCGGCCCGGGACUUCAGCCAGAGCGUGGACCCCUUUGUCAGGGUGCGGGUGCUGGCAGGCCCCCUGUCAGAGCAGACCGGCCUGCACUGCACCCUCCACGAGUGGGAGACCAGGCUGGUGAAGAAGAGCAGGAACCCCUCGUUUGGGGACCAGUUCUCCUGCUCGCUGACCGAGGAGGAGGUCCCCAACAUCACGAUCAAGCUGGAGGUCAGAGAUUUUGAUAAAUAUUCCAGACAUGCUGCUCUUGGAGAAGUCAGGACAUCUUUGACAAGUUCGAACAUUUACUACCCUGUGGAGACCCUGGACGACUUACAGGCUGUAAAGAAGGACUUGAGACCAAUCUUUAUUUCAUGCUCUAGCUCUUCAUGUCCUUGUCUUCCAGCACUCUAUGCCAGAACCAGCAUCUCCUGUAACCAAUGUAGGCUGAAGACUCAGAAGACACCUCAGAAGUCAAAACAGGACGUGACCGUCUUCAACGAGAUCAUGACCUUUUCGCUGCCCGAGCCCCACAUUAGGGAAUGUGUCAUUGCCGUCACCGUGUUUGAGACGAGCACAAAAAGAAGGAAGUCCAAACGCUUGAUUGGACAGGCUGUCGUGAGGAAGAGAAAAGCCAGCGAGGACGAGCACUGGAGCCUGAUGAUGCAGUGCCUGCGUCAGCCAAUCGCAAAAUGGCACUCCCUGUUAAUCUGACUCAGUUUGGUCACCACGGUUACAGGUGCGCAGAACUGAAAGAUACUGAUGCCACGAGGAAGAGCUUGUAUCAGAUCCCUCUGGUUCCAAGCGGACUUCCUCUGUUAGAAAUGAUUAUUUCUGUAUAUUUCUCCCUUAAACCUGACCGAAAGAACUGAUAGCUGAAAAAAAACAACUACUGCAUCUGUAGGAUUAAAGCUUAUUUAAAACUUUGAAUAGUAUUAGAUUUCAAAUUCGGCACUUCUUGCUCGUCAUGAUGUACAAAUAAAGCCUAUUGCAACUAUACAGUG